UGAUAAGCAACUGUGUGAGUGCGCCUCAGUCAUCUACCCAAACUCUGGGCAGUCAAACCUUCCGUCAUUCGUCUUUCUGUAUUUUCAGUUGAUUAUUGAAAGGAGAGGAGAGUAACUACAAACUUCCUUGAAUAAUGAUGAAAGAGAGAGCAUGGGUGAGGUCGUGGCUCUCUGGCUUCCUCUUAGUGGUGGUCCUUGGACACGUACAAGCACAAGAUAACGUGGAACAGUUGGACAUAACUUCGUUUACACUAGAUACAACGUUACCAACGAUGACAGUGAAAGUUUGUUUUACUGAUACAGCAGACAGUGAUUUGGGCAAUUUGGAUACAAGCUUAGUUACAUUGACGUGUGGCAGUAGUGCAGAUGAUCCUAACCAAGUUAUAUUAGAGUGUACUGAUACUGCUGCUGAAAUUAUACCUAACUAUUGUAGUACACAUAAAUUUGCUAAACCAUUUAAUGCAUAUGAAAAGACCGUAUAUUGUUUACUCGACGCUACGGACAAAACUGUUGAUGAUUCACCACCACGAAGCGGUUCAGCUGAAUUUGAAAUACCAGGUCAGGAGGCGUUUCCAGCGUGUACAGAUGCUUACACCUUGGUUGACCAGCUACUGGUGGGAGUAGUCUGUUCAGAGGUUGGAUCUUUCGACAAAGUAGUAUUGAACUCUGGAAAAGUUACCGGAAAUAUAAAAGCAACUACAAAUGUAAUUUAUAUUUCUCACACUGACGUAGCUUCGACAGUAUCAUUCUGUACUACGAUAGACAACUCUGCUUCUGGUACAUCUGGUCCACUCGACAUCUGCAUUCCUGAAAUGACUAUAGAAUCUACGGAUACAGACUUCGAUACAACGGCAUCAGAGAUUAAACAUUACAUGACAGCGAAACAUGAUAACUCAUUAACAAAAGCAGAUGUGACCAUCACAGACUAUAAUUUACGAGUGAUGGCUUUAACAAGCUAUACGUUGGAAAUGGUUUGGGAAAACAAAGAAAAUGCCAAUUUAUUCAAAAUUGAAAGAACAAGCACUGAUGAAACAGAUACAUCAUUUAAAACUGCACAUGUUAACUGUACAGGCCUCGGUUCAUGCUUCGGGUACUUUGUAGAGCUUAUACCAGACACAGAGUACACUUGUUCUGUUUCACAAAAUGACGAAUCCUUUAAAAUCACUCACCAAGCGGUCUCUACAAUGCCUAUGACUACAGGUUUCUCUGUACGGCAGCUUACUCUUAAAUGGAAUAGUGAACUGAACUCUGCUGAUACUAGCGUAUGUUUCGAUCAGGAGGAUGCCACUGCAAGCGAUGUUUCCAGUUACCUCGAGCUCAUAAUGAUCAACAGUCAAGGAAAAAUACUGAAGAGCCGACGGACGACACAGACAAUGCAGGGCAUUCUGUGCUUUGAAAACAUACUUAUAGAAACAAGUACAUUCAGUUUGUCUGAAGGCAAGGUGAAUGUGGUUGUACUUAACAGAGACGUUAAUAGCCACACCGUGCUUACGAGCGGAGAGGCGGAGCUCUUCCUGAUUUCUCCUGAGAUAAAGGCGGUGGGUGCUCGUGGUGGUCACAUCUCCUGGGAUAACCCGGGCGGGUACUCCAUCACUACCAUGAUGGAGGGACACUCCACACACCUUGGUGCUACAACAACUGGCAGACUCCGUCAUUACUUUUUCCCGAAGAAGACGGAAGAGAGGCUGGUGGUGGAGGCAGAUGCUUCAGGUGUCAAGAUGACUGCUGUAGUUCCUCUGACCAGCACUGGAGCAGCAGGCAUGUGAACCUUCCUACCAAGACGUGUACACACCCUACCAUAACGUGUACAUUGCCCUAGCGUGUACACACGUUACCAUAACGUGUAGAGUACCCUAACGUGGUCUACACAUGCUCUUAAACUAUUAUAUAAACUUCCCUCUUCUAGCAUAUUCAUCAUCUCCUAUCCUAACAUAUAUAACUCUCCUAAUGUGUAUAAAUGUUGUUGUUUGAGGCAGAGUCGGUCAAACAGAGCUGCCCUAAUUUUUUUUCGAAAUUUUGGUCUUAUUCCUAAAUAAAGAUAAUGAAUUAGUAUAGUAUAUAUAUAAACAUUUAGUUUUACCCCCAAAAUUAACUUUACUUCAACUAUCCAUGCUAAAAUUAACAUAAUAUAGAGUAAUUUACCUUAAUCCUGCCAAACUUAUUUCAGCUUAAAUAUAGGUACUAUAAUUUAACAUAAGUGAAAUACUGUAUAUAAUUUCGUGAGCUUCAAGCUGAUUUCCGCAGUGUUAUCGCAGCAACGGAUUUGUAAUCUGCUUUGGUUUAUAAGCCAGAAUUGCAAACUAUGUCUUAAAAGCGCUGCAUGUUCACUCCCCUGCCUUAACAUGUUUCUUAUAUUAUAUUUCAUGUUUGUCAGUAAGUUAAGGUACAGCAGA